AUGUCAUUGGCACCAUGCCAACCGUGGUGCAAGAAAUCCGGUUCAGAUAGUUACGGGUGUGAUGGUACCUCGUACCAAGGAAAGCACAUUGAUGCGUCUCUCAUUCAGAAGGAUGCCGAUGGUUACCAAUGGGUUCCAGCCAAAUGCUUUUGCGACUUGAAGGUUGCCGAGGAACUUCUCAAUAUCGUUGUUGAAGGUCUCACUAUCCUUGAUAAGAUCAUUUGUGCAGCUAUGUUGGAAGCAUUCCAGUCAAUCAUCGAAGUCGGCAUCAGCUUCAUCCCUGGAGGUGCCGCUCUCAACGGAGCUAGGGCCGCCGUUCAAGGAGCCAAGACCUUUGCCGAGAACGGGCUAGAGGCUGCUUCCUUCUUUGGUGACUGGGUCGGGCCUGCGUGUGGAGUUCACAACUGGAAGUUUGACCUCUUUGGAGCCUUGGUCAACGCGCCUGACUCUAUGGGGGUCAGCAAUGGCUGCCACAAGAAAGACAAGGCUGCUUGCAAGAGGAUGGUGUCUAAACCGGACCCGACGAAGAAGCCAGAGAUCCCGAUAGAAAAGACAAGGACGGUGGAUCUCGGCAAAUCAUCCACCGCCUCACCCGUACAUGAGACGUCGACUAGUUUGGUAUCUUCAACCAUAUCAUCCGAAAUGGCGUGUGUAUUGGCUGCUCGAGCGGCCAAGCCUCACUCGCGGGUAGGAGUUGUAGAUGAUGCCGAAACUUCAGAGCGCAAAUGCGGGAAAUCAGUCACAAUUCAUUUGACGGAAACCGUCAAGCCCAUCGGCUUUUACGAGACUAGAUUCCCCAAUAUCAAGUGCCGAAGGCAAUGGUCGCAAGCUUGUUAUCAUUACUCAUCUGUCAUGGAAAUCCACCGAAACACAAGAUCCAUGACUGAAUGGAUCUGCGGCGCAACUCAGUCGACUAGCAAUGACGGCUCUGCCACCGACGUCUGGGGUUCGACGGCUGUGGCAUCAUUGGCUCUUACAAAUCAGCACUGGGGAUGGCCAUGGGCUAACGGCUUUGUUCCACGUCGUGUUCUGAAGCAUGCUAAUGGCCUGCCGAAGAAGGAUAAGUACGGGACCAAGAUUGCUGUUGGCUGCGACAGGGACGAGUUUCCACCUCGAUACUUUUGGCCCAAGGAUAAUGAAGCACAAAAGAAAGGCAUGUCCUCAACUACUCGCACCAGUACUGUGACGUCUUUCAUUCAGAGCAAGUUUAUCAGGACCGUCAACGCCAAUAGUCGGACUGCUAAAGGCUUGGACGGUACAACAAUGGUAACGAGCUGGGUUUCAAUCGAAACCGCAAGAGCUAUCUUCAAGAUCACCGACUGGGAUGGUCUCCCAAAAGACACGAAGUGGUACGGCCUCCGGGACAACAAAUGCUGGCCAAAGGAUCUUACGCCUGAUGACCCUGGGUGGAUUCUUUUGACCAACAACGAGUUUUACGCGGCAGGACAGCAUCUCGACCUCGCGCCACAUACGCAAGGUUACAGAGGAUUGCCAGACCUCACACUGUUGAGGCGAGUUCUACAACAGCGCAAGAAUUCACCUCCGUUCGAGUUUCGUGAGCUCAACAGUACAGAAUACGGCGGAAGAAAGAUUUAUGAGGGGAACGGAGACGGUCAAAUCCCAAGAGCAUAUCGCGACAAUGUCUUACCCGGCAUGCCCCAGCCCAAAAGACGGCGCAGAAUGAUUUGGGCCGAAGAGAACAACAAUGCACAAGUCUAG